AUGCCACAUCUCGAAUCUCCCACCCACGAGAUGCCUAUCAUGAUUUCAAAGACAUCUAACGGUGUCGCACCAACCCAAGCUGAGAUUUCCGGCAUUCUUGAUACUAUUUUCGAAGCCAAAUCAUCCGCUGCAUCAGUUGAUGCAUCUUACGCUCUCUGCGACCUCCUUCUCAACUCCGUCGGCUUCCGAGGACUCCAAGAAUAUGGCAUCUUAACUCAGAUUAAAAAGGCCGCGUCCGAUAAGAAGAGUCCAACAAAAAGAGAGAGUGCUCAAAACCUCUUGGGUGCUCUCUUUGAGCGUCUUCCCCCCAAGCAAAAGAUCUCGGAGAUUGUCUUCCUCGUACAAGAGUCUAGCAUGCUACCAUGUGCACUCGACGCUCUUGCCGAUAAGGGUGCCGUCGUCCGCGAUGCUGCUCAAUACGCCAUUGACGCUUUAGUCUCCAACUUGAACGCCGAAAGUCUUGUCGUUGGCCUCCUCCCAGUCAUCGCUUCAUACCUCGCCAAACGCACAGGAAAAUGGCAAGGAACAGUUGCGGCCUUCAAAUUAGUACAAAAGAUCGCAGACAAGGCACAGAUGAGCGUCGGUGGCUCCAAGGAAGAAGCAGAUGAGAAGGACUUGUUGAGAGCAAUGAUGGGCGCCAAAUUGGCACAAUUCAUUCCUCUCGUCGAGGGCGGAAUGCACGACUUAAAGGCUGAGGUUGAGAAGCAAUCUGUCACCACCAUGACUUCCAUGACCACCCUUCUUUCCAACGACGAUGUUGCUCCAAGAAUCCCACUUUUGAUCGAAACUAUGCAAAAGCCAGGAAAGGAGACACUUCAAAAGGCGAUUCACGCUCUUUCCCAAACCACAUUCGUUGCCAUCGUAACAUCUCCCGUUCUCGCUCUUCUCACACCUCUUCUCGAAAGAUCUCUCAACGAUCGUGCUACUGCACAAGAGGUGUUGAGACAAACCGUCGUCGUCGUUGAGAAUUUGACCAAAUUGGUUCACGAUCCCGUCGAGGCUCGUUCUUUCUUGCCAAAGUUGCAACCUGGUGUUAAAGGUGUUCAGGAGCGUGCAUCUUUGCCAGAAGUUAGAGACAUGGCUGAACGUGCUAUGAAUGUCAUGAACAAGGCCAUGAGUGAUGACGCUGGAAACGUUGCAAACAGCGAACUUACUAAAGUUAGUGCAGAUGAGGUUUCCAAGGUUCUCGAUUCCGAGAUCAAGAAGGCUGGAGGACUUGCUGGUGAUUUGGAGAUUUUCAACCUCGCGCAACCAUACAUUUGUGCUAUGCUCGUUGAGGAUGUCAACCAUCGUCAAAUUACUCGCAUCGCAGCCAACAUCACACCUUAUCUUGAGCACAUCAUGAAGCAAUCAGGAUCUGCUGCAACCGUUGGUGACGCUGUUCAGCAAUUCUAUGUCGACGAAGACCACCGAAAGUUUGGACAGCCGGUAAAGGAGGAUGAUGGCGAAAUUGAAAUCGUCAACACUGACUUCUCUUUGGCAUACGGAGGUAUGCUUUUGCUCAACCACACCAACUUGCGCCUUCUCAAGGGGCACAGAUAUGGUCUCUGUGGUCGUAAUGGUGCCGGAAAAUCGACACUUAUGCGAGCCAUCGCAAAUGGCAAACUCGAGGGUUUCCCAAGUCAAGAUGUUCUCCGAACAUGCUUCGUUGAACACAACCAAGGUGAGGACGCCGAUAUCACCAUUUUGGACUUCGUCGCCCAGGAUGAAGCUAUUGCCAAGGAAGGCCGUGAACGUAUCUCCGAGGUUUUGAGCGAGGUCGGCUUCACUGCCGGUCCAGAAGGUCGUCAAUUUGAGAAGGUUGGAUCGCUUUCAGGAGGUUGGAAGAUGAAGCUCGCUUUGGCAAGAGCUAUGUUGAUGAAGGCUGAUGUCCUUCUUCUUGAUGAGCCUACCAAUCAUUUGGAUGUUGCCAACGUUAAAUGGUUGCAAGAAUACCUCAAGACUCACACUGAGAUUACCAGUUUGAUUGUUUCUCACGACUCCGGAUUCUUGGAUGAAGUCUGUACCGACAUCUACCAUUACGAGCCAGGAAAGAAGCUUGCUGUUUACAAGGGUAACCUUGCUGCCUUUGUCAAGCAAAAGCCUGAAGCCAAGAGUUACUACACUCUCUCUGACUCCCUUGUCAAAUUCAAGUUCCCUCCCCCUGGUUUACUCACCGGUGUUAAAUCCCAAACCAAAGCCAUUCUCAGAAUGACCAACUGCUCAUACUCCUAUCCGGGCGCCACCAAGCCAUCUCUCCACGAGGUUUCAUGUCAAUUGACCUUGUCUUCCAGAACCGCCAUUAUCGGUGGUAAUGGUGCCGGAAAGUCUACAUUGAUCAAGCUUCUCACCGGUGAAACGGCUCCUACUACAGGUAACGUCUACAAGCAUCCUAACUUGCGUAUCGGAUACAUCAAGCAGCACGCUUUAGAGCACGUUGAGAUGCAUUUGGAGAAGACUCCCAAUCAGUAUCUCCAAUGGCGUUACGCCAAUGGUGACGAUCGCGAAGUACACAUGAAGCAAACGCGUAUUCUGUCCCCCGAGGACAAGGCACAAAUGGAAAAGUUGGUUGAUCUUGGUGAUGGCUUGGGUGGAAAGCGUAUCGAAGCGAUCAUGGGUCGUCAAAAGUACAAGAAGACUUUCCAAUACGAGAUCAAGUGGGUCGGCAUGUUACCCAAGUAUAACUCUCAAAUUUCCAGAGAAACUUUGGUUAACCUUGGAUACAACAAGUUGAUCCAGGAAUUUGACGAUCACGAGGCAUCUCGUGAGGGUCUCGGUUUCCGUGAACUUACUCCAACUGCUAUCGCUCAACAUUUCGAAGAUCUUGGACUCGAUCCCGAAAUCGCCAAUCACAAUGAGAUCUCUGGUCUAUCCGGAGGACAAAAGGUCAAGGUUGUCAUCGCAGGAGCUAUGUGGAACAACCCCCAUCUUUUGGUUCUUGACGAACCUACCAAUUUCUUGGAUCGUGAUUCCUUGGGAGGUCUUGCUGUCGCCAUUCGUGACUACAAGGGUGGUGUUAUCAUGAUUUCUCACAACGAAGAAUUCGUUGGUGCUCUUUGCCCUGAACAAUGGCACGUCGCCGAUGGUCGCGUUACUCACAAGGGAAACAUGGCUAUCGCAGCUGAUCGUUUCGAGGAGGCUAGCCGUCCAUCAAGUGGAUUCAACAGCAGCGUCGUAAGUGCUGCCACCAGUGCCAACGCUAGUGCUGCCACCAGUGGUGCAGAGGAUAGUGGAGAUUUGGGAUUCAAGGCCAAGAAGAAGAAGAAGAAGACCAAGAAGGAGUUGAAGGAGGCCGACGUUAGAAGAAGACAGAGACAUAUCAUCUGGCUCAACUCUGCAAAGGGUACUCCCCAUCCACCAGACACAGAUGAUGAAGAUUAA